AUGUCCUGCUACGAGCGAUGUCCCCCCACGUCCUGCGGCCCCACCCCGCUGGCCAACAGCUGCAACGAGCCCUGUGUCCGGCAGUGCCAGGACUCCACCGUGGUCAUCCAGCCGUCCCCCGUGGUGGUCACCCUGCCCGGGCCCAUCCUCAGCUCCUUCCCCCAGAACACCACCGUGGGAUCCUCGGCGUCCGCGGCCGUUGGGAGCGCUCUGAGCGCUGAGGGAGUCCCCAUCAACUCGGGGGGCAGCUCCUUGGGUUUUGGGGGCUUUGGGGGUUUUGGCUCAGUUGCUGGGCUGGGCAGUGGCUACAGCCGGCCCUACCGGCGCUACAACGCCUCCCGCAGCGGCUUCUACGGGCCCUGCUAA